UGAGGAUUGACAACUGUUUAACACUGAAAUUAAAAUCUGCCAUCAUUUAUACCUCUGAUCACAAACAUGUUAGGUUUAUUUAGGGUGGAAAAAACAAUCAGAUGUUCAUGAGGGUUUGGUCCUGAAAGCAGUUAGUCAUGUCAUAGUGUUGCAGUUUGAUCCCGCCUUCUUUACAAUAACGAUGUGGAAUGCACCCAAACUGGAUCCCACGAGGAAGAACGGGUGUAGAGAUUCACCCAAAACUCACCUGUUCCUGGAUGUGGACGUACCUGCCGGGUGGAACGGGAAAAUCACUUUUGCAUUCAUUUAACUCAUCCCUGUUGGUUGGGACACAUCUUGGAGAACAGCGGCCACAGACAAGCAUGAACAACUGCUGUAAAUUGUCUCCUGAGGACCAGGAAAGGAAAAGGAUCCACAGAGAAAUAGAGAGACAACUUCGCCGCGACAAACAAAACCUUAAGAAGGAGUUGAAGCUUCUGCUUUUAGGGACAGGAGAAAGCGGGAAGAGCACCUUCAUCAAACAGAUGAGGAUCAUCCAUGGCCAAGGGUACAAUGAAAAAGACAGACGAGGAUUCACCAGGGUGGUGUUUCAGAAUAUCAUCAAAGCAAUCCAGGACCUUAUUGAUGCCAUGAAGCUUCUAGAGCUUGACUAUGUUGAUGACCAGAACAUUAGUCAAGCACAGAAGCUUAGUGAAGUGGAAUUGAAUUCAGUGUCUAAUAUUGAGCCGUGGCAGGUGAAUGCCAUUAAGCAAGUCUGGAAUGACCACGGUGUGCAAAAGUGUUACGACCGCAGGAGGGAGUUCCAGUUGUCAGACUCUGCCAAAUACUAUUUAAGUGACAUGGACAGAAUCACAGAUCCAGGAUACAUUCCCACUGUGCAGGACAUCUUGAGGGUCAGGGUCUCCACCACGGGCAUCAUAGAGUACAUGUUUGAUAUGUCAAAAGUUAUCUUCAGGAUGGUGGACGUGGGCGGACAGCGCUCUGAGAGGAAGAAAUGGAUCCACUGUUUUGAAAAUGUCACUUCCAUCAUCUUCUUGACCGCCCUCAGUGAAUAUGACCAAAUCCUGUAUGAAACCGGAAAAGAUAAUCGCCUGGUUGAGAGCCUCGCCCUUUUCCUGACCAUCAUCUCAUCCCAGUGGUUUGAGGAGUCCUCCACCAUCCUUUUUCUGAAUAAAAAAGAUCUGCUAGAGGAGAAAAUCCAACACUCACAUUUGGAGACCUACUUUCCAGACUUCACGGGGCCUAAAGGUGAUGCUGAUGCUGCAAAAAAGUUCAUCCAGAAAAAGUUUGUGGAACUCCACAAGAAUCAUCACAAACCUCUUUACCCACACUUCACCUGUGCCACGGACACAGAAAACAUCCGGAUCGUCUUCAAAUCUGUCAAAGACACAAUUUUCUUAGAGAACAUGGACAGGUUAAACGUUGUUUAAGACAUUCGAGUGACCAGUUUCAGCUGGUUUGGAAACAUAAAGAACAUCAAACACAAAGUCAAGCAAUUUUAUCCUGCUCGGAUACAAAUUUCUUGUCAUCGCAACAUUAUACGGAGGGGGAUUAGGGCUACAGGAAAAAAAAAGUAAAGAAAGAGAAUUCUGACGUUUCUCCCCAGAAUUCUGACUUUAAUUUUAGAAUUCUGACUUUAAUUUUAGAAUUCUGACUUUAAUUUUAGAAUUCUGACUUUAAUUUUAGAAUUCUGACUUUAAUUUUAGAAUUCUAACUUUUUUUCUCAGAAUCCUGACUUUAAUCAGAGAAUUCAGACCUUUUUUCUUAGAAUUUUGACUUUUUUCAGCAAUUAUUAAAGUCAGAGCUCUGAGAAAAAGUCAGAAUUCUCUUUCUUUACGUUUUUUGUUUCAGUGGCCCCUAAUCCUCUUCC